AACAAUUGUCCAACAAUCAGGAGGCCGCGGCUCUAGUAUACCUUCUCCUCUAAGCAACAUGUCGGGGGCGCCUUUUGUCCGGGAAACGCGAUGUUAAUAAGGAAAAGAAAUAUCACACAUCAUUGCACCCGACGUUUCAAGUAUUCACCACUUCCAUUAAGGUAUCGUAUUAUUACAGGUUUUCCUCCACUGAUCUCUGUUCAUUCCACUUCCACCACUCAAUUCCCGCCGCCGCAAAAGAGCCACUCACCCUGCUUGGAUAGAAGUACACAAUAUGAACCACCGAACGAGCGAAUUUCGGCCACGCAGCCGCGCCAGACCAUCUUUAACGCCAUGAAGCACACGAAACGCCCAUCUUCCCAGUGCGCAGGAGGCGAAUAACGUACAGUACAUAUGAAGACCGCUCUCCGUUCCGGUUCAGCGAGUGAUGAGGAAGGAAAGGAAAAAAAAUGGAGUGAGU